ACAUAACUCGGCUCGACCGAUAACAAUUUUUGUAAGUGUGGAUUAUCAAGAAUAUUAAAAUUUUUGAAGCAGAUCAAAUAUUUGGUUUAAAAGGAAAAAAAGGACAACCAAAUCAGAUUUUUUUGUCUAUACGUAUAUGGUUAUUGUUUAUUUUUAUUACUAAUUUCGGUGAAAAGUUAUUGUAGAAGUUGCGUUUCCAUGUCUGCCUCUGCAGGUUGUGUUAUGGAGUAGAGUGAUCUUGAAGAUUUGGGCUUGGAAUUGGAAGCUGAAGAAGGCGCCUCAUAAUGGCUAAUCAAGCAUCGAACGGAGGCAACCAUGUGACCACCAAGCCACCUCCCGAGCCUUCGCCUCUGAGAAAAGCCAAAUUCUUCCAGGCAAACAUGAGAAUUUUGGUAACUGGUGGAGCUGGAUUCAUCGGUUCUCACUUGGUCGAUAAGCUGAUGCAGAAUGAGAAAAACGAAGUGAUUGUUGUGGACAACUACUUCACUGGAUCAAAGGACAACCUAAAGCAAUGGAUUGGCCAUCCACGAUUUGAGCUUAUUCGACAUGAUGUCACAGAGCCUUUACUAGUUGAAGUUGAUCAGAUAUACCAUCUCGCUUGCCCUGCUUCCCCGAUUUUCUAUAAAUACAAUCCUGUUAAGACGAUAAAGACUAAUGUGAUUGGAACACUAAACAUGUUGGGACUUGCCAAGAGAGUAGGAGCAAGAAUUUUGUUGACCUCGACAUCAGAGGUCUAUGGUGAUCCACUGGUUCACCCUCAGACCGAAGACUACUGGGGCAAUGUGAACCCUAUAGGAGUUAGAAGUUGUUAUGAUGAGGGGAAAAGAGUAGCAGAAACUUUGAUGUUUGAUUAUCACAGACAACAUGGAAUUGAGAUACGGAUUGCAAGGAUCUUCAACACUUAUGGACCCCGAAUGAACAUUGAUGAUGGUCGUGUUGUGAGCAAUUUCUUGGCUCAAGCAAUACGUGAUGAAGCUUUGACAGUUCAGUUACCAGGAACUCAAACAAGGAGCUUUUGUUAUGUUUCUGAUAUGGUUGACGGUCUUAUAAGACUGAUGGAAGGAAACAAUACCGGGCCAAUCAACAUCGGCAAUCCGGGUGAAUUUACAAUGACAGAGCUAGCAGAAACUGUGAAGGAGAUGAUCAAUCCGAAUGUGAAAAUCAUAACCGUUGACAACACUCCAGAUGAUCCUCGCCAGAGGAAGCCUAACAUCACAAAGGCCAACGAGCUGUUGGGCUGGGAGCCGAAGAUCAAGUUGCGCGAUGGCAUUCCUCUUAUGGAGGAAGAUUUUCGCAAGAGGCUGGGAAUUCUGAGAAAGAACUGAUGAAAAACAGAAACCUGUGAGAGAUGCUUAUAUACGGCUACCACGCCUUCCUUUUCAGUCGAAUCUCUGUUUUGUUUUUUUGGUUUGGUUUUUGCUAAAAUGUUGUGAUUUUUUGUGGUGCUAGCUAUGAAAGCCUUUACUGCUACCAAUAACAUACUGAGACAUUGUUGCAUCUAACAUUUUCUAUGAAAUAUUUUUUGUUCAA